GCGCCGACUCUGCGAGCUGGAGCCCGCCCCGCCCCUGCAUCCGGAGACGCGGGCAGUUCGCGUGGUCUCUGCUCCUGCCACUUCCCCGGCUGUUGCCUCGGUACCAUGGACGCCUCCAAGCAAGUGGUUAACUUUGGGCCCGGGCCUGCCAAGCUGCCACACUCGGUAUUGUUAGAGAUACAGAAACAGCUAUUAGACUACAAAGGACUUGGCGUCAGUGUGCUUGAAAUGAGUCACAGGUCAUCAGAUUUUGCCAAGAUUAUUAACAACACAGAGAAUCUUGUGAGGGAAUUGCUAGAUGUUCCCAACAACUACAAGGUGAUCUUUGUACAAGGAGGUGGGUCUGGCCAGUUCAGUGCUGUCCCCUUAAAUCUGAUUGGCCUGAAAGCUGGAAGGUGUGCUGACUAUGUGGUGACUGGAACUUGGUCAGCUAAGGCUGCAGAAGAAGCCAAGAAGUUUGGGACUGUGAAUAUCGUCCACCCUAAACUUGGAAGUUACACAAAAAUUCCAGACCCAAGCACCUGGAACCUCAACCCGGAUGCCUCCUAUGUGUACUUCUGUGCAAACGAGACUGUGCAUGGGGUGGAGUUUGACUUCAUACCUGACGUCAAGGGAGCAGUGCUGGUCUCUGACAUGUCCUCAAACUUCUUAUCCAGACCAGUGGACAUUUCCAAGUUUGGUGUGAUUUUUGCUGGUGCUCAAAAGAAUGUUGGCUCUGCUGGAGUGACAGUGGUGAUCGUCCGCGAUGACCUGCUGGGCUUCGCCCUCAGAGAGUGUCCUUCAAUCCUUGACUACAAAGUGCAGGCUGGGAACAACUCUUUGUAUAACACACCUCCAUGUUUCAGCAUCUACGUCAUGGGCAUGGUUCUGGAAUGGAUCAAGAACAAUGGGGGAGCCACAGCCAUGGAGAAGCUCAGCUCUAUCAAAUCCAAAAUGAUUUAUGAGAUUAUUGAUAAUUCUCAAGGAUUUUAUGUAUGUCCAGUGGAACACAAGAAUAGAAGCAGGAUGAACAUUCCAUUUCGCAUCGGCAAUGCCAAAGGGGACGAAGCUCUGGAGAAGCGCUUCCUUGAUAAGGCGGUGGAGCUUAACAUGAUCUCCUUGAAGGGACAUAGGUCAGUGGGAGGCAUCCGUGCUUCUCUGUAUAAUGCUGUCACAACUGAAGAUGUUGAGAAGCUGGCUGCCUUCAUGAAGAAUUUUUUGGAGAUGCAUCAGCUGUGAACAUGACUAGCUACGCUCUGCCUGUGAGCAACACACAGAGUUCAGAUUAACUUUGGAUUGUCUAUAAAAACUUAACAGACAUGGAUUUUUUUUUUCCCCAACUACAUGCUUACUACAGAGUCUUUUUAAAAGAAUAAGGAUUAAACACCCAGACCUCUGCAGAGCUGAUGAGGCUAUCAGCUAAUGGCCUCCUUCGUUUUGACUUGAUCUGGAAGCAGUUUCAAAGCUUUUCUGUUGCUUUUCUAAUGAGUCCAGCCUGGCAUCUCUCUGUUCCUUUCUCUAGGUGGAUUGCAGCCCUAGGCUUGGACUUUGUUCUGCUGGUUCCAGUUGGUUAUUUUUGGGUUCACAGGAGCAUACCCCAAGGAGCUUGGUUGGGGUGCCAUGUGCUGGAUCUGACAGCGGUGAGAUUCCUGGGUUCUGCAGCUGUUGGUUAAAGUCAACAAUGACUCUUUUAAGCAUUUUAGAUCUGUCUACUGCUAUUCUCACAAAGAUAAAAGGGACGUAUACAUGUGCUAACAUAGUAGCUAUGUUUUUAACUCCAUACGGUUUAUAUCUAUGGCUUUAUAUUUUUAAUGAAACAGUUCUGUAGACGCUUUUAGAGUUUGUUCAACCCAUGAUUUUGUGUAUGGCUGUCCUCUGCUGUGGACAAGUUGCACCCUCCCACCUACUCCCUUCUAAAGCUGCUUCAACCGAAAGAUCCAGAAGUUCCAUGAUUCACUUUUCCUAUCCUUGCCACAAACACAAGAAAUGGUUGGUUCUUUGCUUUUUGGUUAGGCUGUUUAAUAAAACUGAGUAACCCUUCCACCUCCGCCCCCACCCGCCGUGAACUGUGUUCAUAUGGCUGUUUGACCAGGGCAAUACUGUACAUUCCAGAUCUUUGCUGAGGUCUUUUUCCAUCGUUCAUAUUUAGUGUUUUCUGUUGACUAUGUGAAGAACAUUAAAGUCCUAAAGCAUCUCUAAA